GCUGCGCGAGGCAGCGGAAGUGGCUUCGGGUUCUUCUGUUCGCUAGGAUAUGGCAGAGGAAGUGCGGGAGGAGCUCUCGGCGCUGGCCGCGAUCUUCUGCGGGCCCCACGAGUGGGAGAUGUUGAGCUGUUCAGAGACAGAUGGGGCCGUGUUUAGAAUUCACACAACAGCUGAAGGACUUGUGGGUGAGGAUGUGCCCUUAGAGUUGGCGUUCCAUUUACCAGCCGGUUACCCUUUGUGUCUCCCCGGCAUCUCGGUUACCUCGGAACAUCUGACCAGGGCCCAGUGUGGUGCUGUGAAGGAGAAGUUACUUGGAGAAGCCGGGAAGCUUUUGUCAGAACCGAUGGUUCACGAACUGGUUCUUUGGAUUCAGCAGAAUCUCAGACGCGUCCUCAGCCAGCCAGAGACCACGAGCAGCGAUGAGAAGUGUACUUUGCCGGAAAGCACGACUGUGGACGAUGGACUAUGGAUGACUCUUUUGCGUUUAGAUCACAUGAGAGCGAGGACUAAAUACGUUAAGGCUGUGGAGAAGUGGGCUUCAGAGUUAAGGCUGAUGGGAAGACUGAUGUUCAUGGGUAAAUUAAUACUGAUCUUACUACAAGGAGACAGAAGCAACAUCAAGGAGUACCUGAUCCUUCAGAAAACCUCCAAAGUAGAUGUGGACUCAAGUGGAAAGAAAUGCAAAGAGAAAAUGAUUAGUGUACUGUCUGAAACAAAAGUACAAACGGAACACAAAAGGUUUCUGGCAUUUGAAGUCAAAGAGUAUUCAACACUGGAGGAGUUACAAAAGGAAUUCGAAGCUGCAGGACUUCAGGAGCUCUUCUCAGAGUGUGUACUGGGGCUGGUAAAAUGAGGUGAAUGACAAGGAACCCUUGGAAGAAAAGCGAGUCCUGUUUUAUGGAAUAUUAAACAUGAAAAGAUCCCAUAUAUUCUAACGUUUGCCAGAAAAGACUAGGUUCAAUAGACGGGAUUGUCUGAAGAAGAAAUAAAAAAAACCCACGACGGUAAAGGAGCUGUUGUUUUUAUAGAGACAAUUUGUUUAGAAGUCUGCAAUUUUCAGGCUAAUUUUCUUGUAAUUAAAUGAUUUCUUAAAGUAA